GUUCCCUUUUGAGCGUUGUGCAACAUCCUUCAUUUGGGCGCGUGCUGCGCGUCGAGUGUGCGGGAACGUCGCGCUCGCCGUGGAUUUAAUCAGCAGUUCUGAUGUGUAGAGGGUGAACACAAAACGGGGGUGUGGUUUAGAUCAAUAACUACCUCAGCAUACAAUUAAAUAAAAAAUACUGCAAAGCACUCCGAGGGCAGAUCAGGUGGAUCAGAUCCGGAGCACAGGGUCGCUUCUGUGGAAUAUAUUUCGUUUUAAUCGCUUCUUUGAGAUAAUGACAUGUUGUGGACGCCGGUUCUGCAGUCGAGGCUUUCAGACGCAUACAGUUGGUCGAGGAUGAGGAGAAGGAAGAGAAGUUCUCAUUGAACUGCUCUUUUUUUUACAGAAUGGGAUAAAUGGUACAUUUCUGUGAAUGGUUAGGUGGUCUAAAUUUGUGAAGAAAACUAAACCAAAACAAAAAACUCAGCUCCUCGAUAGACUAUGUGUAGAUUCACUGCAGCGCGGUGUAUUUAGAUCCACGUUACAGUCACUGACUUACAUAAGAUUGCUCUGCGUAAAGGAAUUGCGCAAAGAAACCCCGCCGUUUAACGCAAGGUUUGGACCCAGAGCUGAGAACACAGAGACACAUGGAGCUUCCCUUGAUAUAGGAAAAGUGUGUUAAUUUUUUAAUGUUUAUCUGGAUGAAAAUAUACAUUGAUGGAACAAACAGCAAACCUUUCCAGCUUGGACAAUCUCAGCAAUGCUGACUCUGAAAGAUCAUUCCCCCAAUCAUUUUUUAUUGGAUUUGCCAGUCCUGAGGCUCACUGAGAUUAAUAUUACUCUACUGUUGGGAAAGGAGGAACUUCUGAGUUGUUUUUCUAACCCUGUUGUUCUGAAAGCACUACAUGAGUGACCUAAGGUUUACUACAACUACAGAAAGAUGAACAACACUCUGCAAGACAGAAACAUGUUUACAGUACAAGCAGACGUUAUAUUUCACGCGGCAAACCGUGACUCUCCAGAAUCACCUAUCUCAGCUGAAGGGAACAACAACAAUGUCAGCGCUAUGGGGAAAACAGGCAUGGAAAUACUGCAGGGUCUCCCGGGGACAUGGGAUACAUCAGAAUCAACUGACAAUAGUAUUUUGGGAAACUAUGGCGCUGUAACAGGUGCAGAAUACACACAAGAUGCCGUCUCUAGUGACAGUGGAUUUCAAGAGCACAUACAGCCUCUGGACUCAUCUAAAGCACAAAAUCUGGACCUCAGUUUGAGAAAUAUGAGUGAGGCUCCAAGUCAGGGAAAUAUUAGAGAAGAAACGAAUGGAACAAAGGUAGCUUCCAGUUUGGCACCCUCUCUGUGCUUCAGACCAGGGAACAAGGAGGAAACUGACACAUUAUCCAAUGUCCUAAGAGACGGUGAGGUGGCUCGGAGUCAGUUUGACAUUAAAAAUGUCUCCUCCACAUCGGAGGCCAAAAAUAAUUCCUAUUCAAGCUCUCAGAAAAUGAGGUCACUUGAAAAAACCCUGGGAUGCUUUCUAAGUUCCUCUGAAGGAGCAGAUCAGACCCGCUACAGAACAUCGCUUGGACAGACUGGGCAGGAAUCGAGCCAAGGGCUAAAGCAAAGUGGAUCUGCAGUAAGAGAAGCUCUAUCUGCAAAAGAAGAGCCGAAUUUAAUCAUAGAGGUGGGCGGACAGCAAAUACAAGCACACAAAUCAGUAUUAGCUGAGAAAAGUGAUUAUUUUAAGGCCAGGCUUUCUCGAGACAUCCUGAAGGUAAAAGGAAUGAGCUACAAGACCUUAUUAGUGCUCGUAGAUUACGUUUACUCCUCCCAGAUGAACGUAAGUAAAGACAAUAUUGUGGAUGUCAUCACAGGAGCAAAGAUCCUGCAGAUGCCCUGUGCGGUACAAGCUGCUAUCGACACCAUCUCCGCACAGAUCACUCCUGAGAACUGCUAUGAGAUCCUGAUGAUCGCCAAAAAGCAGCGACUAAACGAACUGAAAGAAACGGCCUAUCGGUUCAUGAGUGACAACUUUCUCCAGGUUCUGAGAGAUCCCGCUGUCUACGGGCGCCUCACGGGCUCAGAGAGAGACCUCAUACUGCGCAAACGGAUGGAGAGCCGCCAGUGUCUGAUGGUAGCGGAGAUCAACGACGUGUUUGAGCGUGUAGGAAGCAGACCGCCCAGCAGAAACAGCAGCCGUCCCCAGAGUCCUCUCUCCAUCACCUCUUUUGAGGACAAUCACAUGAUCUACUACUACAAUAAAAGCAGUAAGGACUGGCACACCCUGACCGUCAUGCCAGAAGACAUCAACACCAGGGGCUGCGGUAUCUGUACUAUGUACAACUACUUGUUUGUGGCUGGCGGGAUCAGGGGAACUGGGGAGAAAAGCAAAGUCUCUGACAAAGUAUUCUGCUACAAUCCCAUCACAGACCGCUGGAGCGAAGUCCGACCCAUGAACCAAGCACGAUCGCAGCUCAAACUCGUCUCCAUGGAUGGGAACCUGUACGCCAUUGGCGGUGAAUGUCUUUUCACCGUGGAGAAGUACGAUCCUCGAAUGGACCGCUGGAUGGCGGUGGCUCCUCUACCUAAAGGAGCAUUUGCUGUGGCUCACGAAGCCACGACGUGUAACGGCGAGUUGUACGUCUCAGGAGGAUCUCUGUUCUAUCGGUUGCUGAAAUAUGACCCAAAGAGAGACGAAUGGCAGGAGUGCCCAUACAACAACAGCAGGAAAAAAUCCACAGACAUGGUGGCUCUCAAGAGCUUCAUCUACCGAUUUGAUGUAAACCGUGAACAGGGCAUCAGUGUCUUUAAAUACAACACCAUCGUGAAGAUGUGGCAUGACUGUGCCUCCCAGCAGCAGGGCUGCACACUGCCAUUUCGAUGCGCUGUCAUCGAUAACUGCAUCUACUGUGUGAAUAAAUCUCAGACUCUUCAAUUCAUUGUAGAAGAGGAUGGAGGUCGAUUCAAAGACGAGUCUCUGAAAGCGCCUGUGGAGGCCAAAGGCAUCUUAUUUCCCUUUGUUCUCAGCUUGCCUGAGAGAGGUGGAAGAAUUGCUUGAGUAGGAUAUUUCAUCCCUCGGAUGACACUUCGGAGUCACUCCAAACAUGGAGAAAGAGAAUGCCUGGUCAAUAUUUAUAGAUUAAACAUCAUCUCCAGAGAAGUUCAAAGAGCCAGCACGUAGUGCUUGAAACUGGAAUGUGUUUCUUUGCAUGGUAAAAUCACAACUCCACUAUUCAACUUUAGAUGAAGUCAGUCAUACAUUUAUAGCUCAUUUGUGCAGUCUUUUCCUUUUUUUUGUGCACUUAGUAUAAGAUAUUAAUUUAGGCUGAACCUAAAAAUCCAUUCAUUUGUAAAGGCUAGUUAAUUGCACCAACAGCCCUGACCAACAGCAAAAAUCGCCAAAAAUUCCACGACCCGAUUAAUACAAUUAAACAUUCAGUAUCAGAAUACAACCUCUGACCAACUCAGGGUUAACACACUGAUCCGACUGAACCCAACACACUUCUGUUGCUGUUGUUCGGCUUCCGUCAGUGCAGUGGGAAUUAACCUUAAAAUGGCAAUGAAGAGCACAAAAGAACAAUUGAAGCACAUGAUGUAAUAAUGUGACCCUGUUUCCUAGCAACAGAUUCUAUGCAAAUAGAUUUUGAAGUAAAAAUUAUACACUUUUUGAACUACAUAGCAAAAAAUAGCUCUCAGUUCUAGAACUUUGAUACAGCAGGGGUCAGCUAACAGAUGUCCUGGAGCAGCUGAAGGAGAAGCCAUAACUUUGAAUGACAUUGGAGUAACAAAGGAAACUUAAAGAGCACAAAGCACUUGACUUCUGUAAUUGCUGCUACUCUAAUAUUACUGGAUCGCAGAUGUUCAAACCAGUGCAUUCUUAUGACCGCACACUCAGCAGCUCAUUGUCUCGGAGACUCUUCUAGGAGAGAUUUUAGCACUUUCUUUGGGGAAAGACCAGAAGGCAAAAGAAAAGGUGUAUGUUCCUUAUUUCUGAAUCAUUGCCAAAGUUAAAAGUUGAUAUUUUGCAGGCAGACACAAUUUCAUUUAAAUUACUUAUGAGCAAUACAUUUUUUGUUUGAAAUAUCAUUCAUCAGCGUUUUAGGAUUUAAGAUCAAACUGUUGUUAAUGAAGACUACAAUUACCAUUUAGUAGAAUAACUUUUAUCCAUAAUAAACACUUCAGAUUCUCAGACACCUGAGAUCUUCAACAGCUAGGGAGAAAAUAUUGUCUUUAUGCUGUUGUCUUACAUGAAUUUAGGAUGAACCUAUCAAAGAGAAACAGACAGUCACAAAACUCAAAACAUUCAUAUGGUAUCCAUAGCAUGCAAUGAGGUAUUAUAAUGUCAUUAUAACUUGGAUGUUGCAAUCUGUGUAGACACCCUGUGAUAUUAAGUGUCCAGGAGUAUUUUACUGAGAUGUAAUUGUUCACGCUUCAGUAUUCCCCUAGACAUUUAUGAGCUGAUGGAGAAUGUGAGAUGAGUAAUAGUUCGAGGAUAUGGAUUUUAUAAAUGUGUCUUUAGUGUAGUUCUUUUGAAAUAAACUAAUGGGAAUUUGAAUAUGAAUGUUGGUAUGAUUAUGAACUUGAAUGUGAAUGUUUUAUUAGCUUUUUUUAAAUCAACCCCAUGUGCUUUAAUCAUGUUUAAUGAACCUGGACAAACAACACAAUUCCAGUAAACAUUUAAAAAUGUAUUCACUGAUAAAUUAAUCAUCAAUCUCUCCAACUUUGCAAUGGUUCCCUACACAUUUAAACCGUAACAACUUUUGUCUAGCAUUUUUUAAAUAUGUUUUUAAAUAAUCUGGUGAUUGGAAAACUCUUCAAACAUUGAAUGAAAGUGUAUAUAAUACUGGUCAUAUGGGUGGUAUUGCUUGCUUAUGUGUAUAAAGCUAAGAUGCUUUUAAAACAAAUGACUUGAUGGCUUCACAUUUUCAGUGGCUUUAUGUCAGUUUAACAUCUCACAAAUUAAUGUUUCUGUGUUUACAAUAAAGGAUCUUUUGUUUCCUGGUUCA